AUGUACCGAGACUUCAGCGAACCCGGCCCGAGCUCCGGGGCCGGCAGCGGGUACGGAGGCCCCGCGCAGCCCCCCGGCGUGGCGCAGGCGGCGGCGCAGCAGAAACUCUACCUGGUGCCAAGCCUCAACACUGUGAGUGGCAGCCAGGAACUGCAGUGGAUGGUGCAGCCUCACUUUCUGGGGCCCAGUGGUCACCCCACCAGACCCCUGGCCUACCCCCAGUACCCUCCCCAGCCCAGACCCGGAGUCAUCCAGGCCCUGGAGCCGCCCCCCGGAGGUUGGCGCCGGCCCAGUGAACAGAUCAGCCCAGAGGAAGAGGAGCGUCGCCGAGUGAGACGAGAGAGGAACAAGCUGGCGGCGGCCAAGUGCAGGAACAGGAGGAAGGAACUGACCGACUUCCUGCAGGCGGAGACAGACAAGCUGGAGGACGAGAAGUCCGCCCUGCAGCGUGAGAUCGAGGAGCUGCAGAAGCAGAAGGAGCGCCUGGAGUUGGUGCUGGAAGCCCACCGCCCCAUCUGCAAGAUGCCCCAGGGAGCGCAGGAGCAGGACAAGGCGGCCGCGGGCAGCUCGUCCAGUCGCGCCCACAGCCCACCAGCCCCCUCGCGCCCCGUGCCUUGCAUCUCCCUUUCCCCGGGGCCUGUGCUGGAACCUGAGGCCCUGCACACCCCUACGCUCAUGACCACACCCUCCCUGACUCCCUUCACCCCCAGCCUGGUCUUUACCUAUCCCAGCACCCCGGAGCCUUGUGCCUCAGCUCAUCGCAAGAGCAGCAGCAGCAGUGCGGACCUGUCCUCUGACCCCCUGGGCUCCCCAACCCUCCUGGCUUUAUGA